AUGAAGAUGCUCCCAUCGAAUGAGAUUGCGACCUCAUCGUGCACGGAUGGCCCCGACGACGACCCAUCUAUGCUGCAGUCGACGUCGUCGUCCAGCUCGCGAUUGCCAUCUCAAAUUAUCUCACCGUCGGAGUCAGCGGGCCGUCCUUGGUAUCAUGGCGAGAUUUCGCAGACGGAGGCUGAAGUUUUACUCGAUGUCGCCCAACCAGGCCGAUUUCUCGUGCGUAAAGCUGGCCCUACUCGAUACUUUCUAUCCUGUGUGACCGACAAUCACUUACUGCUGCAUUUACCGAUCCACCAGUUGGGACGUUUUUUCUACUUGAAUGCGGGGAAAUUUACCACAUUAGCCGAAGCCGUACAGCAUCACUGUGAGAUGGUGGAUACGGCUGAGCCAGUCCAAGCCCAACCGUCGACUUUGAAUUCGCCGGUCAUAUCUGCGUCCCGACCUGUUCACUUGCGGCGAUAUCUAGCCCUUUCAAAGUGUGAUGACCUAGCGGACAAUGACGAGUUGAGUUUCUCGAGAGGUGAUGUGAUAACGCAAUUACAUGUUCUCGAAGGAGCUUUCAUCUUAGCAAAGAACGAAAACACGGGUCAAACGGGUUAUUUGUCUGCGAAGGCAGUAGUAGCGCCUAUUUUAUCGGAAUCGCUGUCUGUGCAGGAGUUGCCGUACUUCCACUCUGUUUUAACAACGGAAGCGUUGAAAAUGCUAACAUGCGUUGGUGCUGGUGCAUUUCUCGUGCGAACGUCAAGUCAAGGAGCAGAUGCUUUUGCACUGUUGGUGAAUACCCGAAACAAAAUAGAGAAAUUUUUAAUUCGCGGCGCAGCGGAAGGCACUGACGGUUUUCUUCUUGCUGGACGUCAUUUUCCGUCUCUGCAGCAUAUUAUAGACAGAUACUGUGUCCAUCCCAUCGCAAGUGAUGUACAUUUAACCCAUGCUGUUUUACCAUCGCAACCAUCAUCUCGUCGAGCGAGUGCUGAGAAUGAUACGCCUCUGCCUGUCGCAAUGACGACUUCGGAUUUUUCCCCAAAUGUCACGUCAAUAGAGGCAACUGAUGACUACGUUAAUCACAACUGUGCCUCACAUACAGUGGCUGCUGUUCAGGCGUUGAGGAAAUCUCGCGAAGAGAAGGCAUGGAAGUCAUGCUGGUUGACUCUUAUGCGACGAUCCUAA